AUGGCAAACUACGGCACCGUCCCCGAGGCUGCCCAACUACGGCCCCUGAGAUAUCAUCUGGAAGUACCAGACCGAGACAUCUCAGAUUUCAAAGAUCUACUGCGCAUAUCUAGACUUGCCCCGAAGACUUACGAAAACCUGCAAAGUGAGAACAACUACGGAGUGACCCAUGAAUGGAUGUCAAAGGCAAAGGAGUACUGGCUCACGAAAUACGACUGGCGACAGCGGGAGACAUAUAUCAAUUCAUUUCCCAACUUCAAAGUUGAUAUCGAAGACGACGGAGAGACGUUCCAAAUCCAUUUCGCAGCGUUAUUCUCGAAGAAACAAGAUGCAAUUCCCCUACUGUUCAUGCAUGGCUGGCCAGGUCGCUUUCUCGAAUUCCUCAGCCUGAUGGACAUAAUUCGCAAACGGUAUUCGCCAGAGGAGCUACCGUAUCAUAUAAUCGUCCCUUCUCUGCCAGGCUACACCCUCUCGUCCGGUCCCCCGCUAACAAAGUCCUUCAACCAAGAGGAUGUCGCACGCAUCAUGAAUAAACUUAUGGUGGGUCUUGGAUUUGGCGCUGGGUAUGUCGCGCAGGGAGGCGAUGUUGGGUCGUUCGAAUGCAGGAUCCUGAAUAAGUUCUAUGAUGAAUGUAAAGUCAAUUUCUCCAUGAUGUGGACCGAACCAGCAGGAGUUGAUCCGAAGGAGGUCAACGACGAAGAGCGGGCGGGUGUGGAACGCAUGCAGCGUUGGAUGGUCGACGGUUCAGCUUAUUCCGUGGAGCAUCGCACCAGACCUGCAACAAUCGGGUUUGCCCUGGCCGCGAGCCCACUCUCCUUACUCGCGUGGGUCGGCGAAAAGUUCAUCGAAUGGUCCGACGAAACGCCACCCUUGGACGAGAUCCUCGACGACGUCACCUUGUACUGGUUCACCGAGACAUUCCCUCGCUGUAUAUACCCGUACAGACCGGUCGACCCAGGCGUCAAGGAACUAGCACACAGCAAUCCGAAAUACCGUUGCAGCAAACCAGUGGGCUACUCUUGGUUUCCACGAGAACUAGGACCGAUGCCCAGGGCGUGGGUGGAGAAGCAGGGCAAUCUGGUUUGGUAUCGGCAGCACAAUGCGGGCGGUCACUUUGCUGCGUUGGAGAGGCCGAAAGUGCUGGUUCAGGACGUGGAGGAUUUUGUGAAGCAGGUUUGGCCGGUCAUUUGA